UUUACUAUUGUUGUAUACGUCUUUGCAUAUGUUAGUGUUUGUGUUGUUAAUUUUGAAUAAAAUAAUACAUAAAACAUUUACCGUUGGAUCAACAAAAUAGUAAGAUGGUAAUUUUCGAGUUAGGACCUACAAAACAACUCAAUUCCGUGAUUAUUGAUUUUUUUCGUAAGAAACGUGUGGAAGACAUUAAUUGGAAGGAAGAAGUCAGGACGCUUGAAGGACAAAAUCUACUCCUAAGCUAUACCGUGGCUUCUAAGAUGAUCACAAAACACCGUUUCGACUUUUCGUAUCAGAAAAAGUUUCUAGAAUUGCUCACAAUUCAUCUGGAAACCGUCAAAGCUAAUAGAACUUUAAUAUACCACGCUCUAGGGGGUUUGUGUAAGAGAGAAAAAGAGCCUGAACAAUAUCAUGACGUAUUUUACCCGGUUUUCGAAAUUGGCAAUAUUGAUAUACUCACUGAAGUAAAUAUGAUAAUUUUGAAAGAGAGCACCAAAUUAAUAUCGCACGGAACUACAGGAUUGAACACAUGGCAGGCCUCCCAAGCUCUCGCAGAUUGGGCCAUCCAAACAACAUCAGUCAAAAAUAAAACAAUUCUUGAGUUGGGCUCUGGAGUUGGCUUGACUGGACUUGUUAUAUCCUCCUCGACUCCAUGUAAUAAGUACAUCUUCACAGAUCGCAACAAGGAGGUUCUUUCUUUACUCAAAUAUAAUGUGAAACACAAUUGUGAUGAAACCCUUGUGGAUGAGAAUAAUCCCGAAGGAGGAGUCAUGUUAUUCAGUGGUUUGGUCAAGCGUUGCAAGGUGGAAGUUAGAAAACUAGACUGGCCAAGGCUAAGACAAGGAAUCUUCAACGAAAUAGAAUCUAUUGACCUAAUUUUCACAGCCGAUGUGAUUUAUGAUGAGUUUAUCAAUUUACCCUUUUUAAAUGCGAUAAGAAUGUUUCUUGACAAUGGUACCAAGGCAGCUAUUAUAGCAUAUGCAAGAAGGAAUAGUGAAACUAUGCGUGCACUUCGAGAAACACUAGUGUGGAUGGAACUCAAAUAUAAAGAUUUGGAAACAGUGCAGCCAAAGUACUUGGGCUGGGAAGCAUCACCUACAGUUGAUCUAAUCCAAGUUACUAAGUAGUUGUAUCUUUUUGUAUAUUUCUGUAAAUGUUUUACAAAAUUAUAUACCUGAUUGCAUUACAA